AUGCCUCAAGAGAUGUAUGACCGGAUGAUGGUCAUUGUGAACAAGAUCCGUGGCCUUGGAAGUGAAGACAUGACGGAUCAUGUGGUGGUGAAGAGCUUGCUCCGGGCCAUCUCACCAAGGAACCCUACCUUGGUGACCUUGAUCCUUGAGUCAAGCGGUUUCAAGAGAAUGACUCCAAGUGACGUGCUCUCAAGGAUCAUCUCGCAUGAACUCUUGGAGGAAGAAGCCAAGGAAGUCAAGAAGUACACCACCAAUGUCACCCAAAUCAAGAUCAAGGAGGUUGCAUUCAAGUUAAAGAAGAGUAGCUCCAAGCUUCAAGAAGAGAGCUCAAGUGACUCGGAGAGUGAGGAUGAAGAACUCGCUCUCUUGGUUCACAAAUUCAAAAAAUUCCUCCGUAGGAAGAGCUAUGGGAGAAAGGAUGAGUAUCGAUACAAGAAGCAAUCCAAGAAAGCAUGCUAUGAGUGCAAGGAGUUUGGGCACUUUAUAGCAGAUUGCCCCAAGCUCGCUAGGAACAAGGAGGGCAAGGAUAAGACCAAGUACUUCAAGAGAAGGCCCGGGAGAGCUCACAUUGGUGAAGAGUGGUUCUUAAGCGACAAUGAGAGCGACAAAGAAGAGGAGCCCAAGUCAAGCGACUCCAAGAGCAAAGGUGUCGCUACCGUGGCCAUAUCGUUAUCAAGCACGGAGCGGCCCUUCUUCAACUUGAGCGACGACGACAAUGAUCAUACGCCGUUGUGCCUCAUGGCGCAUGGGCGCAAGGAAGGAGAGUCAACUGCUGAAGAGAACAGACAGACCGAACAGGGCCGGACAGUCUUGCCUAAGCCCUCUGUUCAACAGAGAAGGCAGGCUGGAUAG